CCCCUAUUCCUCAGGCAGCUGUGCAGCGACUCAGCAAGGGGCCCCGGCUCCCCAGGUUCCACUCAAGACCAUGAGAGCAGAAGUCCUUGGGACCCCCCAGGGGGUGAGAACGACCACUCAGCACACAACCCAGGCCCCUCCUCCGACCAUUGCAUCCUCCUAGCACUGAGGACGGCGGGGCCAUGCCAGGGGAGCGGCCCCCAAUGAUGACCAGAGACCUGCAGCCCUGCCAAGUUGCCAGCAGCUUGGGGCAUCCCUCCCAGCACUCGCUUGAGGACCAUGCCCCAGGCAGCCGGACCGUUCAGGGCGUGAGAGAGGCAGGCAGCGAGGAUCAAACCAGAGAGCUCCCUGAGGCCCAGCUGAAACAAGGCAAGAAGGUGGAGCCCAAGGCCCUCCUCCUGAGGACUCAGGCCCAGCCCAGCCCUCUGAAGAAGGGCGGUGACCCUCAGACAGGACCCAGGAGGAGCCAUGCACAGGCUCAGGCAUGGCUGGCCGGCAGGACAGAUAGCAGCCCUCCACAGCUCCGUGGUCUGAGCAUCACCAGCUCAAGGGCCAGGCCCACCCUUGAUGAGCCCCCUGAGGGCCUGCAAUGUGAGGCCCCCCAGGUGCCAGAGGCAGAGGCUCCCCAGGGCCGAGGAACCAGAGUCCUCCGCAGGCCCCGUGCCUCAAGGUCUGAGACCCUGCCUUCUCCCAAAGAGAUCAGCUCCCAAAGGUGCUUUCAGGAGGCCCCCUCCAGCUUUACCUCCACCAACUGUACCUCACCAGGUGCCACCCCUGGGCUUCCACCCCUGAGGUCCCCCCCGAGCAGCAACAGCGCCAGCCCCCAUAGGGCUGUUUGCCACUCGGACCUCCAGACCGGCAGAGCCAAUCCCUGGCCUCCUGCUGCUGAGAACAGCUUCCCAGGUGCUAAUUUUGGGGUCUCUUCUGCUGAGCCCAAGCCCUUCCCUGAAGGCAGCAGUCCUGGAAGCCCCCAGAGGGUCUCCAUCUCCUACCCCUUCUCUGCCGACGGAACCCAGCAUGAGCAGGCCACCGGGGCGGUGGUGUUUGCCUUCCACCAGCCCCUGACAACAUGGUCAGAGGCAGCCCUAGGCACAAGCCCCACUUACCCACCUCUACCCUGUCACCCUGGCCAGCCGGGCAACCUCAACACACCCAGUGACCUUGGAGGUACCCUCUCUCCACCUGGUGCUGCUCACUCGGCCUCGAGCCCUUUCCCCAACAGUUUGCACAAGAGCCUGACCAAAGUCCUUCCUGAAGGGCCCCCUCCCAACCAUGAUGGGUUAGGGAGCCCCAGGAGGCCACCCCCAAACCCUCCACCCCCAAGGCACUUUCCAGGACAGGGGUAUGGUGCCAAUGGGGUGGGCACCAGCCCGGGGCCUCUGGACACAGAGCUGCCCACUCCCACACCGCAACCCACUCACCUGCCCCAGCUGUGGGACCCCGUGGCAGCACCUUACCCCCUGCCUACCCUGGGCCCCGCAUCCACUGCUAGGUCAGCGUUCUUCGAAGGCCAACAGCUCUGCCUCCCCCAGAGUCCUCCCUUGUCUUGGCCACCAGUUCUUACGACCCCUGGGCCAGCCCCUCACCAAAUGAGGGUGUUGAGCCGACUGCCCUUCCCCAGGGGGGCCUCAGAGUGGCAGGGUGUCAACCAGGGGGUCCUGGGUGCGACCAACAAAGUGCCUGGGUCUGGGGAGACGCUGCCAGCCUUAAGAAGCAGCCCGGGCCAGCCAGGCACCUCCCCAGGGCUGCCCACCUAUGGCGAGCUGAAGGACCCCGUAACCCAGCCCCUGUUCUUUGGGGGAGCCCAGACACAGGUGUCACCCCGAGGGGCCCCCGGCCUGCCCCCACCCCAGGUGGUGGGAGCCUCUCCCAGAGAGUCCCCUCUGCCCUCUCCCGCCACCCACACAGCCAGCAGCAGUACUUGCUCAUCCCUGUCCCCCCCAUCCAGCAGCCCAGCCAACCCCAGCUCAGAGGACAGCCAGCAACCCGGCCCCCUGGGGCCCUCAGCCUUCUUCCUGCCCCAACCCCACUCCCAGGAAACAGGGAGUCCCUUCCCAUCCCCAGAGCCCCCCCAUGCUCUCUCCACCCACUACCAGCCGGAGCCAGCCAAAAUCUUCCCUCUGCCCACGGACGGGCUGGCGGCCGAGGACACCUUUGAGAGCCUGGAGGGAGCCCCGUUCCCCGGCCAGAACCCCAUGGUGGGCAGCGGAGGUCUACAGGGGUUUUCCCCCGAGCCGGCCUCCUACUCUACCCAGCACUUCUCCCUGAGCAGCGCCAGCCUAGACCAGCUGGACGUGCUGCUGACCUGCAGACAGUGCGACCGCAACUACAGCAGCCUGGCUGCCUUCCUGGAGCACAGGCAGUUCUGCAGCCUGCUGCUGGCCAAGACCAAGGAUGGCCCCCCGCAACCUACCGCCACCCCAAAGGAGGCUGCUGACGCACACGCCGACUUGCUCGAACACAGCCAGAACACCUCCUUCCUGUUAGCCAGAGACAUCCAGGUAGAUGGCAAAGAGGACUCCCUGAGGACAAGCUUCCUGCCCGGCCUUGCCGCCACCACCCCCUUUCCACUCCCAGCCUCGGACUUAGACAUGGAGGAUGACGCCAAGCUAGACAGGCUCAUCACAGAGGCACUCAAUGGCAUGGAGUACCAGUCGGACACGCCUGAGAUAGACAGUAGCUUCAUUGAUGUCUUUGUUGAUGAGGAGCCUUCAGGCCCUAGGGGGCCCAACACUGGGCAGCCCUCCAAUACCCAGCUGAGGACAACUCCAGAGAGUGGCACCCCGGCCCUGCUCCCAGCUGGAUCUGCACUACCGGAGUCUCGAGCCUCACUUGCUGGUGACAGGGGCUGCUCAACCCAGACCAGACCCAAAACCCGCUCCCUGGGCCUGGCAUCCAAAGAGGCAGAGGUGACCCGCCUUACCAGGCAGCAGGGAAGAGGAAAGCAGUUCAAGUUCUUCCAGAAAGAGCUGGACGCAGCCAACAGCACCAGUGGUCCCACCAGAGCCAUCUGCCUACGGCCAAGGAGGAGGGGCUGCAGCUCUGAGAGGCCCCGAACCCGGGACCGCAGAACUCCUGCUGCCAAGGGCCAUGCCAAUGCCGAUCACCGUGUCCCCAGAGCCACCUCUGCCCCUACAGAUACCAGGAGCUCCAAGCGCCUGCGAGUCCCACCCGGGAAGGACAGUAGGAAGAGGAGGACGCGGGGUGGCUCCUGGAGCAAGGAGCUUAUCCACAAAAUUGUCCAGCAGAAAAACAGGCGCUACCGGAGGCAGGUGCCAUACAGCCAGGUGGCACAGGUCCACCCGCUAACCUCAAGGCCAUCCAACACCCAGGACAGCAAGGCCAGGGGGCAUGGCUGUGCCUCUGAGUCCGAAGAAGAAGAUGGCCCUAGGCAGCAAGGUCCCAGCUCCCAAAGCCAUUCCCGCCAUAGCCGCAGACGGCGGCACCGAGGUGAGAAGAAGAAGAAGGACGAGGUCUUGACCCAGGGCCCUAGAAAGGUCAUGGGGAAGGGGGCUGGUGAAAACAGGGGCUCCCCCACCCCGGGAGAAACACGUGGCCUGCCAAAAAGUUUGGAUGCUGGAGAAGCCUCCAUGGAAAGAGCCCCUGAACACAGUGAUCCUCCCCCAGCAGUUCCCACCACCACGAAGACCUCAGAGGAAAACCACACCACCCUGGGCUUUUCCCAGGAGGCCAAGAAGCCUGCAAUAGCUGCAGAAUUAUGCCCUGACACCACAAAAGUCACAGACAUGUCCAAUUCUCCAGUAACCUGUGCCAGGGAGAGCCCCAGACAUUCAGAUCCAGAACUUCUACAGCCUAGCCCACCCGGGCUCUCCAGAGACCACCCUGCCAUGCCCUCCAACAGCACACUGACACCAGGUUCAGGCCAGCUGCUCGAUGCUUCUGGCUUCACAAAUAUCCCCGGGUUCCACAACAGAGAGGACGCCCCCGCUUCUCAGCUUGGAGAGUGCCUGGCUCCCAUCACUAACACUUCAGAGUCCGCCUACCCCAACCCAAGCAUCCUGGCUUUUAAGAACUCUGAUCCUAGUUGUGACCCCAAUCACUGGGAUCCAAUGACAAAAAGGGGAUCCCAUCCCAACGGCAACAGCCCCUGUGAAUUGUUCCUGGGACCCAAGGGCCUGACUAGCUGCUUCCCUGAAAGCCCGUGUUCCAAACCUUUAACUGGGGACACACCAGCUGCCGGUGGCUGCUACCUUGGCCAGGAGGGUGUGGGGACCAUGGAGCCAGUACCACCGAGGAAUCCACCCUGCGAAAUUGAACUGGACCCAGGCAAAGCACACUCACCGCUGACCUUGGAGUCUACCUCCUUGUUUGCCGGGCUGUCUGAGGAUGCAUUUGACCCACCACUCUAUGACGGCCUGUCCGCAAACAGGGGGGCCCAUGUGCCAGUGGCAUGUGUUGACUCUCAUGCAAAGAAACCACUGACAGAUCCACUGUACCCCUCAUUUCUGAUGCUGGAGGAAGAUUCUCCCAUGCUGCCUGGCUCAUUUCCUGACCUCUCUGAGGGAAAGACAUUCAGCAAAAAGUGUCCCUUUGAAGGGACAGCAUCCCCCAGCCCUCCCUCCAUGCCUGGGAAGGGAAGUGAAUGUAGUAUCAACUUCAUGAGCAAUCUGUGUGAGGAUGAGCUGGAGAUCAAAAGAUUGGUCACUGAAUUAGAAAGCCAGCUGCAAAGGAGAGCGAGCACACAGGGCGCCCCAGGAGAGCCUGAAGAAGCCACGUGUGCAGACAGGACGGGCUCAGGCCCAGAGCCACCCUCCCCACUGUCUGCCCUCCAGGCCAACUCAUCUCAUGGGGACACCCUCUCAGCAGCCAACCUUACAGGCCUUGGAGGACCAAGUCCACAGCAAGAAGGGGCUCUUAGGAGCCCCCGGGGACAGUGGCCCUGCCCAGCCACCUGCCACACAAGGGAGGCAGUCCCCUGCUCAGACUCCCAGGAAGACUUGAUUUCGGGGGCUCCUUCCAGCACCCUGGGGGAUAGGCUCAGACUUCAGACGGAGCAGAGAGCUGGCGUAUCUCAGGCAGAUGGUGAAGUCCCCCGAGGUGGCUGUCUGCCUGACCCGAACAAGCAACAGGAGCCCCUGACGGAUGUUGGGAGUUUAGCCAAGCACAGCCCAAACCACGAACUUUUGUUUCCUAAAACCAACAAUACAGCCAGGGCACAGAACGAGAAUGGGCCUCUGCUGCAUCCCUGCGAUUUCAGACAAGGGCAUUCUCCAGACUCCCACGAGGCACGGGAGCCCUGCCCACGUUCCCCAGCACUGGAAGCAUUCAGCACCCCCAUGGCCCAUCUCUCCCUGGCACCCAACUUGGCACUUAGGGGUGCACAUCUGGAUGCCACCUCACCUCCAGGUGGUAAUCCCAGCCAUGCCUCCAAGGAACACCUUGAGGACCAAGAAGGGAGCUCAAUGGGGGCUGGGCUCGCCCACCCCCUUGUAGACGGGCAUGACUUUGAGGGUGAGUUUCCACCUGCGGGAGUCUCCCUACUGCCUGCCCUCCAGGGCAGCAAAACUCAGUCCCACCUUGUGUCAAGUCCAUCCUGGGUACCCAGUACUGAACCAAGGCCUCAGGACCCAGCACGCCCUUCCUUUCAUUCACUCCAGGUCCUGGGGGUUGGAGCUAAGAGGGAAGGCAACACCCAUGGCCUGCCUGAACUAUACCCUGUGAAUGCCCAGAGCCCUCGGCCUAGGGACCCAUCAGCUCUAGAAGGAGUCAGUGUGAACAGGACCGUCUCAGGGGCUAAGAAGAUGUCAGCUGUCCCUGCAGAGGCCAGAUGUCAGCUGGGGCCUGAGGCAUAUGGACAUCUGGGCUCACCUGGCCAAGCUAAGAAGUCCAAGGGCCAAGGCCAAGCCAGCCAGCUUCAGUCAGAUAACUGGAGGAGCCCAGUGGGUUCAGACACACUCACUGAGAUUAGCACCCAUCUGAAAGCCAGAGUGGCCAGGGGCAGAGAGGAGCAUGGGGUGAGCAGGUCUUCAGGCCUUUGGGAACAGGCUCAACCCUCCACAAGCCCCAUGCAGCCAGUUGACAAAUCCUCAGUGCCAUCCCUGACAAGUGCCCUGAGACCUAUGGAGAGAAGCCCAGAGAACACAGCCAGCACACAUCAGUCCCCACAGAUGCUGUGCAGCAGGGGGCUGUCCACCCCCCCAGCCACUCCCACUUCCUGUGGCCUUGAGCCCCUGUCCCAGGAAGAGCCUCUCUCUAUGCCUUCUACCACCAAAACAAGAGCAGAGCUCAGACAGCCCCCAGAAAUCCCCUUAUGCAAGGACCCUCCCAGCCCCCAGCAUUGGCCAGCCUCUGUCUCAGCACUUCCAGGAAGGGCUGGCUGUGUCCAAGCCCCCUCAGAUGCUGGGCCUAAGGAGGGGCCAGCAGCAUCUCCAUCUUUGAUGAUCAGCCAGUGUGGCCCUGAGGACACUCUGCCCCACCACUCUCUCCAGCAAGCCAACAGUCCCGAAGACCCGCCCUCUGGCCUGGCUGGCCUUAUCCAUGUCUCAACCCAUACAAUACUUGGCAGGGAUGGCCCCAAAGGCAGCACAGUAAGAACACUAGAAGACUCCAGUAAAGAGGAGCCGAAGGGGUCUCCUUUCCAUGCCACCACUCAUCCAGACUCACCCAACUCCCCAAAAGUAACCAUCAAGGCUACUGGCCCGUCCAGCAUUCCCACCAAAGAUGACACAGAUCCAAGUCAAGAGCUCCGGGUAUUAGACCUCCGCUGUUUGGGGACCCCCUCCUCUGAGCCACAGAACAUCCCCUCCCCUGGCCACCUCACAGACCCUGCCACACCGGGGCCCACAGAUCCAGACUCUCACACCUGCCUGGAAGGUGGGGCAGGAGCCAGCAGCAAGGAACAGGGGCACCUGGAGACACCUGGAGCCAGGCACUCGGGCAUGACAAAGGUGCCUAGAGCUGGCUCCCAAGACCCAUUCACGGGGCUCCAUGGGGCCCAAACUGCCUUUGAGUCUGAUUCUCCUCAAAGCCACAUCAGCAUGCCUUACCAUCCUCCCCAGAAGGACCAUCUUAAUCCCCAAGACCCCAAACAGAGACCUCAAGGCUUGAAAAAGAAGUCAGGGCCCACGGACAAGGCCCCAGCAGGGCCACCUGUGACCUGCGAGGUGUGCUUGGCCUCCUUCCGCUCCAGAGCCGGCCUGAGCAGACACAAAGCCAGGAAGCAUCGGCUGCACAGGGAGGCCAGCUCCCAGCCGUGCCCUGCUGCCGUGAUGGCUCAUCAGCCUCCAGAGCCCAUGGCCCAGACAUGCCAAACCACUGGGAAGAAAAGCCGCAAGGCACCCAGAAAAGAGCAACCAAAGCACUCACCCCUGGGCCCCAGUCAUACUGCUAAGCCACCUCUUCCCGUCCAGGGCUCCACAGCAUCGGAGGACAUCCUGGGUCCUGAGAUGUUGAAGGUGACUAGAAGAGAAUCCAAGGGGUCUGGGACACCAGGUGCCCCCCGCAACCAGCAACUGGACACCCUAGGCCUUAUGGACCAAGGAAAGGGUGUCAAGAUCCCAGCCUCAAAACCAAGGAGAUUGGGCCGGCCGGAAGUGGACCAGCUCCAGCCCAGCCAGGCAGAGAGCAGAGGCCAAAGGCGAGACAGAGAGCCUGCGGACUCCCGUAGCGCCUCAGAAAGGGUAUCAAACAGGAAAGCAGGAAAGCCAAGGGUGAGGAGACGGGCACAGCCCGGUCUGCAGGACUCUACUCACAUGACUUCAAAUAGGCCCCACUCGGAUCCAUCAACUGAAGUUGGCCAUCUUCCCACCGCUCUGAGCCUCUUUCCCGAGGGGGAAUGUGGAAAAGAUGUGGUGUGGCUAUCUCCCUCCACCACAGUGGUCCCCAGGGUGCUAGAGGGUGUGGCAGACACAGACCCAAGGGCUCCAUGUGCAGAAGAGAUGAUGGCCCAGAAGGAACCCCAAGAUAGGAAGGUCCGCCAAGACAGGAUGGACAUGAAGCAGCCAGUGGAGCAGACGGCCACCUUAGCAUGGUGGUGCAGUGGACCAGAAGAAGCCAGGGCACUGGACAUGGACAGAGAGCCAUCCUUGGCCACUGAGAGCCAGCCUGAAGAGUCUAACAGAAGGGCCGAAGACAGAUCAGACAAAGGCAUGGAGGAAGGGACCCCUGACCCUCACGGCACACCCUGUUCUCAACUGGGCAGCGCUGUUAGCAGCUGUGUUGAGGGCCCCCUAGAUAACCCAAAAACCCAAGGUGAAGUCCAGAGGCCCAAGGAGACUACUCCUGAAGCACUCAGCCCCAGUCUUGGGGACCCACAGAGCUUGUUUGAUGAUGAGGUGUCUUUUUCCCAGCUCUUCCCCCUCGAUGGCCGCCUUGCUCGGAGGAAGAACCCACGUGUCUACGGGAAGCGCUGCAAAAGACCAAAGCGCCCACCACCAGUGGAGCCAAGCAGCGAGGUGACAGGCAGCAACCUGCCCUCCUCCACCCGCCUGCCUACCGAUCUCAGUGACUCAGGAUCCCUCUGCCUGUCUCGUGAGGAAGAGGACCCGUGGGAUGACGAGACCCUAGGUCUGCAGGGUUCUCUCCUUCUGGAUGGGCUCCUGAGCAACAAGCUGCCUGGCCUUGACCCCUGGGCCCCGAGCCUCAGCCUGUGGACCUUGGAGCCCAGCAAGGAGGCCAGCUAUGCGGAGGAGGCACCGUGCUGUUGCACCAAGGACCAGAACGAGUGGUCAGAGGCCAUCCCCCAGCUGCACAUGGUCCCAGCAGCCUGGCGAGGCCUGGAACUCUGCGCCCCCACCUAUGAGACGUCCUCUUCCCUCGGAGACAUGAGCCCAGAGCCCCCCAACCUAGAGAGAGAACACAAUGACAGUGGGCUUCCUGGAAAUGCCAUCCUGCCCCCGCUUCACACCAAAGAUUUUGAGGUGCUCAGUACUCCGCUGGAGAUGCAAGACCUGUGCCUUCUCGAACCCUGCAAUGACCUCGCAGGACUCCCCAGCCCAAGCCUCUUAGACCUCAAGGCUACAGAGAGCUCACAGGGGUCUCUGAGCAAAAGGACAGAGCAGACAUCCGGAGCAGGACUGGCCAAAGGCAAAAGCCAGCCCACAAAGGGUAGGAAGGCCUCCUAUAAGUGCAGGGUGUGCUUCCAGCGCUUCCACGGCCUGGGCGAGCUGGACCUGCACAAGCUGGCCCACAGCCCCUCACCGCCCCCCACCUGCUACAUGUGCGUGGAGCGCCGGUUCGGCUCGCGGGAGCUGCUGCGGGAGCACCUGUGGGAGAAACACGUGCAGGGCAAGGCAGGGCCCUGGGCCUGCGGCAUGUGCCUGAAGGAGGUGGCCGAUGUCUGGAUGUACAACCAGCACCUGCGGGAGCACGCAGCUCGCUUUGCCCGCAACAGGCAGGCGCGGCGGGCCUUGGGGGACCUGCCUGGGUGCUUGGAGGGGGACCACCCCCUCACACAGUUCCUGAACAGCAUCGUGGAGCAAGUGUCCAAACCCCAGAAGGGUAAGCGCCCCACUGGCAAGGCCAGCAGGAGCCCCAAGGAAAGUUCGGAGCUAGAAGAGGAAGGCAGGAAGGAGACCUCGAAGGAGGCCAUAAAGCCCAAGGUUCACGCCACCUCCUCCAGCCAGGAUGGCGCCCCGACGCCAACUGUCGUGUUGACCAGUGGCAGCAGUAGCCCGUGCGCAGUGACCAGUAGUUCUGCCAUAUGCUCCAUCAAGACAUCCCCCAUCCCAUCCCCGGACCCUUGGCCUCACAGUGAGCCCCUGCUCCAGGCCAUCCCCGUGCACCAGGACUGCAAGGACCCGUCCCGCGACUGCCACCACUGUGGGAAGCGGUUCCCCAAGCCCUUCAAGCUGCAGCGCCACCUAGCAGUGCACAGCCCACAGCGCAUCUACCUGUGUCCCAGGUGCCCGCGGGUGUACCCGGAGCACCGGGAGCUGCGCGGGCACCUGGAGGAGACGCACGGGGUAAGAGAGGAACGGGAACUGCCCCCGACGCCGCUGUACACCUGUGAGCUCUGCGCCAAUGUCAUGCAUGUCAUCAGGAGGUCCUUCGUCUGCAGCACCUGCAAUUACACCUUUGCCAAGAAGGAGCAGUUCGACAGACACAAGGACAAGCACCUGAGGAGCGGCCAGCAGCCCUUCACACUCCGCGGCGUAAGGAGACCCAGGGGUCCCUGGCGCAAGGCUCCAGCCCUUGAGGGCACGCUGCCCACCAAGCGGCCCAGGGUGGCCGUGUCCAGCGGCCCCAGUGGGUCCGUCAUGGAUGAGUUUUCAUCCCCACGCAGCCCCGGUCCCAGUGAGGGCUGCCUCCCUGCUCUGCCCCUACUUUGCUCAGAAGUGACUACCAGACCCACCCAGGACCAGCCCAGUUCCCAAGAGAGGCAAGUGGACCCCGUGAGCCAAGCGCUCAGGGAAGAUAACCCAUUGUCCAGUGACCAGGACCUUCUGCCCCUGUCUCUGUCUACUUUCCCAGAUGUCUUGGCAGAAGACACAAGUGACCACAAGCUGGACAGGUCCCAGGAGAAGCCUGAGGAUGAAGCCUUACAAGACAGCCCCGGGCUACAGAAGCAACACGCUCCCCUGGGGGAAAAAAGGACCCCUCCCUUGUGCUCAGGGAAAUGCAAGAGCAUAGGCACCCAAAGCAAAUGUGUCCCUGGCAACCCUUCCCUGCUCCAGAAAGAGAAGCCAGUGACCAUGUGCCACAUGGUAUCUAAGGAGGGGAUAGGGAGGUUCCCCCAAAAGGGCAGUGCCACCAAGUAUGGAGCCUACCAGAGUUCACCAAAGGACAUAUCAGUAGCUCCCAUGCCCAGCAAAACACCCAAGUUCUCAGCACAACCCAGGAAUCCCAUGGUGGUGGGGACCCUGGCAUCUGGAGAUCUGGCCUAUAGCUCUGAGGACAGGGUGAAGCUCAGCACUUCCAAAACCAGACCAAAAGCUAACACCCAAAACAGUGGGGGGCCACCCCCCAGCACCCAAACAGGGGGUGGUAGCCAGCCCCAGCCAGCCAGUGGGCAGCUACAAAGUGAGACAGCCACCACCCCAGCCAAGUCCAACUGCCCCAGCCAGCAGAGCCCCAACCCCGACCAGCCCCCACCUCGAGCCCACAUGAGGGGCAGCACCAGGGGAUCCAGAGAAGCUGGUGACCAGAGAUCUCAAGGACCCCUGGGUCCCAGGGAGAAGAGAGAGAACAGCGAGAAGAGAAGGCAGGGCCAGGCCUCCGGGCUGGCCAGGUAUGAGAGUGCAGGGAAUGUAGGGAGAGCCCUCUCAGCCCCUGACAAGCCUCCUCGGGCACCCCGUAAACAGGCAACCCCCAGCCGCAUUCCCCCAACCAAACCCAGUAGCCUGAGUGGCAAGAGUAGGCCCCAGCCAACAGCACAGCGAAAAGGGGACCCUAGCCACACCUCUGAGAGGAGUUCCCUCCAGCAGGCAAGACCCCUGUCCAGGCCCCUCAAGAGGUACAGAGCUGUCCGCAGUGCUGAGCCCACGGAGCCCCGAGACCACCGGACUGCAGAGGCCCAGAGCGACCUCCUCAACCAGCUCUUUGGCCAGAAACUGACCAGCUUCAAGAUUCCCCUAAAGAAGGACACUUCCCAGUGACCCAUAGGAUAAGGGCACCUGGGAGCCCAGCUAGACAGCUCAAUUUGAGGCCACUCGUCCUUUCCUUUCCACGCAACUGACUUCCUGCAAGUGCUCAGACGGAGAGCUGAGAGCGUACCGCGGGAAGCAGGACUUUCUUGCUGGAAGGCUGGGGUGAGGGAUGGAGCAACCGCAACCCCUUUGAAGCCAUGCAGCUGUUUUCUUGGUACCAAGUACGUGAAGAAAACAGCUCACGCCCCUCCCCCACUCUGUGCCCUGUUGGCCAGGCACGGCAUGCUGUAGAACUCACGUUGGAAGAUUUGCACAAGGUCCUCCAUCGCCUAGCAGGGAAGCACAUUAAGGCAGCCAGCCAAAAGGUGGCAGCUGCCCUCUUUGUCUUGCUGCUGUUGCUGGAAUUCCAAAGUGACCUUAGCGGUCACAUGGGGAAAGACAGUGCUAUUCAUUUGGGCCAUUUCUGAGCCACCUGGUCCCUGAGAGCACAAAAGACCCCUGCCCCCCACCACCACUGGGUUAUGCUGGCCUCCCACUGCACUGCUGAUGUUUCCAGCACCUUGCUCCAGGGUCUGGGUUCCCAUAGGGAAUGCAGAGAAAGCCACUCCUCUGGCCAGUGCCCAGUGGUCCCUCCAGCCCUAUGGCCCCUUUCUAGAGCCUUCCUCCCCCAUUGGGCUCUGGCUCUAGGUCCCAGCAAGUCUGCUCUGAAGGUUCUGGUGCUAUUCCCAUGCUGUAAUGUGAAUACCGGCUCCCUGGUUGUAUCUGAACCAAGGGAUGGGUAGGGUGGGGAAACCUAGCCAGGAAGGCUGUGGCCCUGGGCUCAAGACAGCCCCACGGACCUCCCCAACCAGGCUCCAGCCUCGGAGUCCCAACAGCAAAAAGACCCUCGGGGCUGGGCUGUGGACAUGCCAUAUGCCACAGCUGUACACGUCCUGUUCAGCAGGAAGGGAGGAGGCACCUCCCACUCCCCCUGGGAGCCUCAGAGAUUCCUGGCUUGUGUUGUAGUUUUUAGCUUGGGUGCAAUGUGAAUGUCAAAAGGUUUUAUUUUGACAUUUCAAACAAGACCAAAUCAGGCCUGAACUGCCUCCCCACACAGUGCUGGGGUCCAUCAGAAAGAUUCUUUCAUGUGGAUGAAGGCACGGAGGGGGCGGUCUCUGAGGUCAAACUGUAAAAAUCACAGCUAACUCAUCUUUUCAAAUAUAUUCCCACUAUU